AAGAGCCCAAGAACCAAAUCAUCUACCAAGACUUUCAAUCCGAACAUGUCGCAAGUUACAGAACAAGAGUUCUUUGGCGGAGCCAUUAAAGGCGUCGUGCCACAAGGCUGGAUCGAUUCCAGCACCCUGCGCGAAGUCCCAGACCACCAAGAGCUCUUCCUCUCACCAACAACACUCUCAACCCUAAUCAUCGAAAUCAACCAGCGCGUCUCAGAGGAAGAGACACGAAGCACACUCUCAACUCUAACUCACCAACCCCCAAUCCCAGUCUCAGGCCCAGACUCAAUCGACCAAGCCGCAGUCCUGUACCACCUCCACGACCUCUGCGACGAAGGCGACACCGUGCAGAUGCUCGCCCCUCCGCAGCGCGUGGAUAUCCCCCGGAUUUCAUCUUCUGCGCCGUCCGGUCCGGCUUCUGUUAAGGCUUAUCGGAGUGCUGUUUCGUUUACUACGCCUAAGAAGGAGGAUCCUACGCUGUUUGCUACGGUGCAGUGUCAUUCUUUGCUUGUGAGGCUUGAGGCGCAGGAGACCGAUUUGUUGGUCUUUUUUAAUGUUCCUCGUGAGGAGUUUGAGAAGGAGGGGAAUGAGGAGGGUUUCAACAUGGAGGUAAAGGUUGCUGAGGGGAUUGUUGGAGCUUUGGUUCAGACGUUGGAGAUUUGUGAUUGGGGGCUUUUUGUUUAGGUUUGGAUUCGGUGUGAGAUGAUGAUGAUGGGUUCAUGAUGGGAUAUGGAUUGGAAAUGAAGAUAUCGUUAGCAUUUUUGGGAAUAGUAGAUAGAUACCUAUUUAGAUAUGAAAUUGAUCAACCUCUAUCAAUC